CCGCGUCUCGAUUCCCCGCCCCGCAGGGUUUUGUGCGCGGCAGCGCCGGAGAUGAGCGUGGAGAGCCCUGGGAGAGCCGCCGGGAGCUAGGGUUUUUUCGCCGUCGGAGCGCUGGACCGCCCCCGACACCCUCCCAGGUUUUCCAUGGGAGAUGGAGGAGUCGCGUGCGCCGUCCCGCCUCAGCGUGCAGUGGAGGGCUUCCGUGCCGACGCCCUCGUGAGGGGAGAAGCGAUGCCAAACAAGGGGGAGAAAGCAGCGCACGGCCACCACCAUCACCACCACCACCACCACCACCGCAAGCACUACUCGGCUUCAGCUGCCGACCUCGAGGAAGGGGAGCUGCUGCUCAAUGGAGAGGCAGACAACACACGGGACUUGGACAGGACCAUACCUCCCAAGAAAUGGCGCAAGUUGCUGCCUUCCUCGCCAGCUGCAGAGUUGGAGCCGGGGGAGAUUGUAAGCAUGCAAUCAGAGCCAACAAGGAAGAUAAGGAGGAACGUGGAGCUUGACAAGACUGAGUUUGUGCCUGUGACGCAGAGGAAAGGUAAGUCUGACAAGAUCGGGAGAAAGUCUAAUAAAGAUGUGGUGGAGCCAGCGGAGGUUACUCCACUGGGAAAAAAACGGGACCGGGAUCAUAGCGGCAAGAUAUGUUUGUCAGCUCACAUCCGCGAGGAUGGGAAGAAAGGCACUUCACGGGAUUCUGAUGAGGAGCCUGGUGAGAUUAAGCCAGAGAGCAGCAGCACUGGCAGUGCUAGGAAGAGCCAGGCAGUAGAGCCCGAGAGCAACCACCGCAAACACCAAGCUGAGACAUUCACUCAAUCAGGGUCAAGAAGUCGAAGGAAGGGAGAGCCAAAGACUUCUUCUGGUGGGAAGCAUUUGUCUGGAAGAAAUCAUGAUAUCUUGCCGCAAAUACGAGAUCGGCAUGAUCGGCUUGAGAGGAGCCCAGGCAUCUUGGGGCGCUUUCCUCAUGACCGCAUUCGCCAUGAGAGGAGCCCAGGCCGCAUGGAGCGCUCCCCACGAGACCGGGACCGUGGUCGUCACUGUGAUAACAGAGACCGCAGCCCGUACAUUUCACCACGACACAGAGCACGCCAGGCCCAUCACAGGGAUAACACACCGAGCCGCAUUGAUAAUUCCCCUCGUGGGAGGACUCAGCACGAGGACAUCAGAGACCGAACUGCGCUUUCUCAUGAUAAAUCACCAUCUGAACGUGGUCGAACAACUGACAUCCAUGAAGCAAGUAAGAAGAGCAGGGGUGCUAAGCUUGAAAGCAACAACCUAGAAAAUGUGCCGCACAAAAACAAGUCAAUGAAGCAACCAACUAAGAGUAAUAGUGGUAGCAACAUAAAGAGUGAGGAGAGGAUCUCCAAGGGGAAGGCAUCCGAGGGCGUUCAAUGCACUGAGUUGCUGCCACCACCUCCGUUGCCACCACCGCCGCCGCCUCCGCCUCCACCUCCGCCUUUACCACCUAAUAUGCCUCCUCCCCUGCCCCCGCCACCAGUACCUGAGCAGCUGAAUGAUCUCGCUGAAGAUGCCUCAAUGGAAGAAGACAUGGAUAUCUGUGACACCCCACCUCACACCAGUGAAGCACCUGAACUCAGUACUGAGCCCACUAUUAUCAUGGGAAAGUGGUUUUACCUUGACCAAUUUGGUGUUGAGCAAGGACCUACCAAGCUUGCUGACUUGAAGAAACUGGUAGAAGACGGAUAUCUUCUUUCUGAUCAUCUAAUAAAGCAUGCUGACAGCAAUAGAUGGGUGACUGUUGAGAAUGCAGCUUCACCAUUGGUUCCAUCUGAUAUUCCCUUGGUGUAUGCGGACCUUUCUUCACAGAAGGUUAGCCCUCCAGAAGCCCCAGGAAAUCUGCUUGACGAAGCUCGAGAAGGAGCAGCUUUGUUGGCAUGGAGUGCUGAGGAUGAAGAGGAAGCUUCUGAAGAACAGAAGGAAGAUCUCUACAUUGAUAAUAGGGUCGAGGCACUAAUGUAUGGAGCUACUAUGGUGGAUGGACAUGAGCUUGAUAUUCUUGGAGAGGUUUUGGAUGCACAUUUUGAGCCUGUUGAUUGGGAAAGGUGUAGUUACCCUGAAGAUUUUCCUAGGUUCCAAGGCCAACCUGCAAGAGAUGAUGGGAUCAACAGAAGCAUUGGAUUCGUCAGUGGUGUUGGUCCUGUUGGGAGGGAAAAGUUUUAUCAUAAUGUUGAAUGUAGCGAGUGGUUUUCUGGUAGAUGGUCUUGCAAAGGUGGUGACUGGAAGAGGAACGAUGAAUUCAACCAAGAUAAGCCUUACAGGAAAAAGCUUGUCCUGAAUGAAGGCUAUGCUCUUUGUCAGAUGCUGAAGGGCAAUCAUGAGGAUCCCCGCUGGCACUGCAAGGAAGACCUCUACUACCAUGUACCUGCUAAAAAGCUUGAUCUGCCGUUGUGGGCAUUCUCAUCGACAGAAGAGGACACUGACAGUGUUGAUGAUGCCAGUGCUAUUAUACCUGGAAGGUUAUGCCAGAAUCAGAUUAGACAACUUCCAAAGGGAGUGAAAGGGAUGACGCUUCCAGUUGUUAAGAUAAAUGCUCGGGUUGUCAAGGAUCAGUCCUCUAUCGAACCAUGCAUAAAGUCCAGAGCAGCUGAGCGGUCACUUUCUAGAUCUUCACGCUCCCACUCAACUGGAACUGAUAGGAAUUCCGUUCAUGAAGGUUUGUCUCAUUUCAAGAAACAUCAUGAACAUGAUUUACAAAGUCUGCAGAAGUCCAAGUCUGUUCCAAACAUCCCAGAGGACCAUGUUUGCACUGUUGAAGAAUUGUCAGUCAAACUGGGUGACUGGUACUACAUGGAUGGAACUGGACAUGAGCAUGGCCCAUUUUCUUACUCUGAGUUGCAAAAGUUAGUUAAAAAGGGCACUAUUAUUGAACAGAGCAGUGUGUUCAGAAAGAUUGAUAACACAUGGCUUCCAGUUGUUAAGGAUAUGAAAUCUGAGUCUGCUGCUCGCGAUGGAGGGCCAGGAAGUUCAGAUUCUACUUCUGCUCUUGUGGAGCAGUCCAACACUGUUGUGAACCAUGGAGCUGGUAGGUUCCAUGAGUUGCACCCCCAGUUUGUGGGUUAUACACGUGGUAAGCUGCAUGAACUAGUCAUGAAGUAUUUCAAGAGCAGGGAGCUUACUUUAGCCAUAAACGAGGUCUUGGAUCCAUGGAUCGCAGCAAAGCAGCCCAAAAAGGAAAUAGAAAUGAACUUUCUUAACAAUUCAGCUUCAAGGAAAAUCCUGCCAGAAGAUGCUGGGUCUGUAAAAAGGGCAAGGCUGCUACCUAAUCAAAGUGACGAAGGUAUCAAUAUGUAUGAGGACAUCCUUGCCAGUCAGAAUGAUGACUGCUCUUUUGAAGACUUAUGUCAUGAUGCUGCUCUUGUUGAAGAGAACUCUACUAAUUCCGUAGCUGGAAGUGACAGCUGGGGUUUACUGAAUGUGCAUGUGUUAGCAAGAAUCUUCCAUUUUCUGAGGGCGGACAUGAAAUCACUGAUUUCUUCUGCAGCUACCUGUAAGCUCUGGAACACUGGUGUUCAGUACUACAGGAACACAUGUAGAUUCGUUGAUUUUUCUUCUGUUGGCCUUCAGUGCACUGAUUCUGUGUUUCAUGGUAUUAUGGCUGGUUAUGAGAAGCAAAAUAUAAGAACACUGAUUUUAGUUGGGUGUUCAAAUCUGAGCUCUCUUGCCCUUGGUGAAGUGCUAGUGCAGUUUCCGAACAUAUGUUAUGUGCACAUUCAGGGUUGCAGUCAGCUAUGGGAUAUGAAAAGCAGAUUUCACCAUAUUAAAUGGAUUAAGAGCUCUUUGAAUCCUGAGGAGUCACUCCAGAAAAUUAAAAGCCUGAAGCAGAUAGAUGAUGGAAAUGAUUAUGCAUCCAAAGUUGCAAGGAACUUGACCAGUCAGCUGGGUGGUUCUGAUGAACUUGACGGCUAUUUUGCUGAUAUCUCAAAUAGAGAGAAUGCCAAUCUUUCCUUUGGGCAAGGUUUCUAUAAACGAUCAAAAUGGCUUGAUGCUAGAAAGUCCUCUGCUGUUUUGUCGAAGGAUGCACAACUAAGGCGUUUGAUGCAGAGGAAGGCCGAGAAUAGCUACCGGAAGAUGGAAGAGUUUGUCAUCAAUAGAUUGAGAGAAAUCAUGAAGAGCAGCAGAUUUGAUUUCUUCAUUCCAAAGGUUGCAAAAAUUGAAGGUAGGUUGAAAAGUGGAUAUUAUGCUCGGCAUGGCUUUAGUUCUCUCAAGAACGAUAUUCGAUCUAUGUGCCGUGAUGCAUUGAGAUAUAAAGGCCGAAGUGAUUUGGGAGAUAUGAAGCAAAUUGUUGUGUCCUUUAUCCAGUUAGCAAAGAGACUCGGUAACCCACGAUUGAUUUCUGAGAGAGAUGGAGCAGUAGCCCAGAAGGACAAUUCUGACACGAGUCAAUAUUCUUCAGACGCAAAAUUAAAAAAGAAACAAAAUAAAACUACGGGGGAAAGGAGGGGAGCAAACUGGGCUACUGCCUCUGCUGGUGCAGAUGCUUCAUCCCGUGCCUUUGACCGUGAAAUUAAAAGAAGCCUAUCUAAAUUAAAGAAAAUGGAUGUUGAUUCUGGGAGUGAGACAUCUGAUGAUGAUGAUGGAUACUCUGAAGGUGAUGAAACUGAGAGUGAAACUACUGUUUCUGAUACAGAGAGUGACCUUGACUCAAAUUCUGCAGCAUGGGACUUAAGGGGAAAUGGUAUGAAGUUGUUUGAAUCUGGUGACUCUGUCGGGGAUGAUCGUGGAUGGGGUGCUCGCAUGACAAAAGCAAGCCUUGUCCCUCCUGUUACUAGGAAGUACGAAGUGAUUGAGAAGUACCUUAUUGUAGCAGAUGAGGAGGAAGUACAACGAAAAAUGCGGGUUGCUUUACCUGAUGACUACUCUGAGAAGCUGCUCUCGCAGAAGAAUGGUACUGAAAAUUUGGAGAUUCCAGAGGUUAAGGAUUAUCAACGUAGAAAGGUACCUGGGGAUGAAGUUCUUGAGCAAGAAGUAUACGGCAUAGAUCCAUACACACAUAAUCUCCUGCGUGACAUUAUGCCAGCCGACGUUGGCUUGUCAUCUGCUGACAAACAUACCUUUAUUGAGGAGCUGCUUCUGAAUACUUUGAAUAAGCAGGUUCGGGAUUUCACUGGUUCUGGAAAUACUCCUAUGGUUUACCCCCUUAAACCUGUCAUCGAAGAAAUCCAAAAGUCUGCAGAGGAGAGUGGUGAUAGACGAACUGCAAAGACGUGCCUUGGAAUGCUGAAGGCCAUGAGGAGCCGCCCUGAACAUAACUAUGUUGCUUAUAGAAAGGGUCUUGGAGUUGUUUGCAACAAAAAGGGUGGAUUUGGCAUGGAUGACUUUGUUAUUGAGUUCUUCGGGGAGGUUUACCCUUCUUGGAGAUGGUAUGAAAAGCAAGAUGGUAUUAAACAUAUACAAAACAACAGUGAAGAUCAAGCUCCUGAGUUUUAUAACAUUAUGUUAGAAAGACCAAAGGGGGACCGUGAUGGAUAUGACUUGGUUUUUGUUGAUGCUAUGCACAAGGCUAACUAUGCAAGCAGAAUCUGUCAUUCAUGUAACCCCAACUGUGAAGCAAAAGUGACUGCUGUGGAUGGUCAAUACCAGAUUGGAGUCUACACUGUUAGGCCGAUUGCAGAAGGCGAGGAAAUCACUUUUGAUUACAACUCUGUAACUGAGAGUAAGGAAGAGCAUGAAGCAUCGGUUUGCCUCUGUGGAAGUCAAGUAUGCCGGGGCAGCUAUUUAAAUUUUUCUGGAGAGGGAGCUUUCGAGAAGGUGUUAAUGGAAUUCCAUGGUGUGCUUGAUCGACACAGUUUGCUGCUACAGGCUUGCGAAGCAAACACUGUCUCCCAACAAGACUUGAUUGACUUGGGUAGAGCUGGUCUUGGUACCUGUUUGCUUGCUGGUUUGCCUGGGUGGCUUGUUGCUUACACGGCCCAGCUGGUAAUUUGUAGUUCUCUUUCUUGUUCAAUUUCU